GACUUCAACUGCAGUCAUGGGACCUCCUGCUCACCUGCUGAUAGGUCAGGUGGGUGCUGAGAAGUGGCACAAGGAUACACGUACAACAGUACAGGAAGCCUCUACAUUGACAAAGCGAUGCGGCAAGGAUGCCCUCGAACUGUGGCGUCCUGCCAAAGUCCCCGGCCAGGCUGAGGAAACUCCAUAUGAGCGCAAGCUGAAAAUUGACUCCUGGAAAUUCAAGAUAGAUGUCUCGGAUUCUGGAGAGGUGAAGAGAAAACCCCCGGAGGGACCAGGGGUGACUCUAUGGAAAUGCAAAAUGAAGCCUCCCCCUUGGGUUUGCAAGUUAUCCUUGCCUUGCUCCCGGGACUAUAGCAACACAAAGAACAAUGAAUACGUGGCUCAGUACUUCAGGGAGACACGCCUGGUAGUAAGUCGCCUGCGCCAGGCUCUUAUUGAAAUCAACGAGCAGUUCAAGGGAAUAAUGCGUAUACGGCAGCAACUGGAUGCCAUGUUGGAUAAAAUCCGCCAGAGCCUCAUGACCAACAAGCAGAGCAAAGCCAUCCGAGAGCACCGGGCAGAAACAGAAAAGAUAUCUGACAAAGUAGAUGCGCUCAUGAAAUGGGAAAAGGAGGAAUUUACGAAACUGAAACUCAAACUGCAGGACAUGAUGGCCUGGUCAGGAGAUCAUCUUAAGCAACUAGGUGCAUGUAGGGAAACCCUCAACACCCUGUGUGGCGAACGUGGCCGUGUCCUCGACCUGGUGCCCCAGCCUCUGCGCAUGGUUCUCUUAGGGGCUGGGCGUGAUUCCUGGCUUGGCCUGGACCGGCCCUCAUCCCCCUGGGUGGAGCGAAAUGAAACCCCAAUUCCAAACCCCGUGGGACCAUUCACACCAGAGUGUGCAGGAGCUCUAGAAGAUGCCCGGCAUCUUACUACUCUCACCAAAGAAGUGAUGCUUCAGUUACAAAAAACUAUCAAGGAAGUACAGGACACCCGUAAUACGGUGCACGAUGCCGUUGAGAACAGAUUGCAAGGCAAGAUGGAGGAGACUCUGGCCCAUAAGGAAAAAUUAGAUAUAACCCUGGGAGGAACACGCAGUACUCUGCACCGCUGCCAACGUUUCCAGCAUGAGAUGCGUAUCACUCGUGGAUUGACACUGGGCCCUGAGAGUAUGAAGUACCUGGAGACACGAGAAAAGCUGACAAGGCCAAUAGUGCAGACGUUUCAGAGACACGUGGGAACACAAUUGCCUGAAGCUACAGUCGUCAAGCAGUCCACUGCACAGUUAGAUCGCAGCAUGGAAGAUACGGCCAUGGAUAUCCAACACCUAAAAGCCACUCAGAAGUACUUGCACGAAUGCAUUCACAACAAGCAGACAGGCUAUGAUGUUGAUGGUAGUAUCAAAAGGCUGCGGCAGCGCCGUAUGCAUCCACGCACCAACAUGAAUGAGAUUUUUCAAUUGGUUUAUACCUAGGAAGUCUGGCAAUUAAUGAGCGCUAAAAUAAAACCUGGACACUUGUACUAGUCAACUUCUUUCUAGUUAAGGGAAAAAUAUUUGAUGGGCAGUGAUAACAGAAUGGAAUACCAAAUUCAAAAUGGUCUAACUUAGUCAGAUUCCUAAAAUAGAAGGGAAUAUGGCUGCUUAAUGUAGAAUGUGGUGUAGAAAUUAAGGUAGUAGCAGUUAAGGUAGUGGGAAGACUCAGGUUCAAACCCACCAUUGGCUACGGAAGCUUACUGGGUGCCUUUGGGCUAUUGAGUCUCUCUGUUUUACCUACCUCACAGGAUAGUUGUGAGAAAAUAUGGAGGAAGAAGUACUGGGUAUGCGAUCUAGCUCCUGCAACAAAGGCAGGAGAUAAUUCAGUCAAACGAAGGUCACUGUUACUGUUUCCUCCUAUUAUAAACCUAAUUACUAAAUCCGAAUUUAUGCACAGUAACGAAACUUUUGUGCUAAAUACUGAGCAUACAAUACACAGAAUCAGAGAACUGGAAGGGAUCCUUUAAAAUUAACGUAUUGUGUUUGAGGUCCUUAAUACUUUCUUGCAGGAGACCAGUUUCUUCUCUCCUAAUUUAGGAAUUAAUUUUGAUUUUCUGGAAAAAAAAAAAAAAACAGAGAUCCAAGUCCAUUAGUGAGAUAUCUUCUUUUUAACAGGCGCAUUCUUGUAUUUGUUAUACCGUACUUAAGAUAUAUAAGUAAGGUGUUAACUCUCCCUGGAUAUUGUAACCUCUGAUUUCAGAAUCUUUUCUUCAUUGAAUGGAGGUUCUUUGACCUGAUAUACUGCAGCCCCACCAUAUGUAAGAAUGAGAAAUCAAACCGACCUGUUAAUUUUUAUUCAUAUCUUACUUUUAUUUCAUUUUUUAAAUAAACAACUGAAAGUGGCGAACUUGCUUCAUAUUCCUUCUUCCUCCUAUUUUUCCAACAACAAAAGCAACCCUGUGAAGUGAGCUGAGCUGAGAGGGAGUGACUCACCCAAGGUCACCCAGUUGGCUUUCAUGCCUAAAUUGGGACUAGAACUCAUGAUUUCUUAGUUUCUAGCCUGGUGCCUUAACCACUAUAUGAAACAUAUACCUAGGAAGUCUGGCAAUUAAUGAGCGCUUUCACACUUAAAACCACCUGAGGACAUUUUUAGGCAUCAUAAAAUUACUAUACCUAUUUUUUCAGUAUUUUUGUGAUAUGAUCUGUAUUUCCUAUUCAAGCCCAGUGUUCACAUAACUAGCACAUUAGUUUUUUCAGCAGAACCUCUCUCAACUAGCUGCCCGUUUUUAAUAUAUACAUAGUACCAGAGAGCUACCUUUAUACUGACUGCCAGGGGGCAGGUACUUACACAGCUAGUUUGGGUCUUCAUUGGGAAUUUACAGUAGCAGAUAAUGUUAUUCUAUGGGAUUCAAACUUCCCACCGGAAACUGAACUCGUAAAGUUUUAUACUUCAAAUGUUAGCUUUUAAGAGCUAUCUAGAUUCUGGUCUCAGUGAUUGCAGGGAAAAAAAUAUGGAAGCAGUGAAAUACUGAUGUGAAAUUAUAUCAUGUCUCUGUGUAUGGGGAUUUUUUAACAUAAUUCCAACAGCUACAAUUGUUGCUGUAAUGGCUCUGCAUAUUGCAAUAGUUUUAAGUUACUGAAAUAAAUGUUAUGGUGAUGAUUUGGUGUUGCCAGGGUUCAUUGGGAGAACUGUGUGGAUUCUGGGGACAAUCUGUACACAGAUUUAAGCCUUUAAAGCUUAACUUUGAUUAAGAUGUUGAGAUGCUGAAUUCUUCAGCAUUAAUUUUUGUGAAGAAAGAACUAAAGCAGAUGUUAUUCAUAGAAGUGCCACUUGAAGGAAGAUUCUCUCACAAAAGUGUUGAAAGGAGCAGAAUCAUUUAGUUCUUUUCUCUAGAGAAGUCCUCCAACUCUUCUCUCUGCCACUCAUGACC